ACCAAGAAGACUGGAACAUUGUAUCUGUGGGCAUCGCGGAGUGAAGCUGGAGAGAGGUGGAAUGUUGACAGGCUCGAGCUUGGAUUUAAAGAAGAACCUGGGAGAAGAAUUCUCAUAGUAGGCUCUAAAGAUGAGUGAGGAGGUAGCCAAGUCUUCUGAGGGAAGUGUGGAGUGUGGCAAUGGUGGUUCAUCCCCAAAAGCAGCAGAAAAUCCCAUUCAAGAUAUAAACAAAGACAUAGAUGAUACAUCUGCAGCCCUGUCCCAUGCCGAGCUGAAAGCCUUCUUUCAGGGUGCCCUUGCAAAACUUCUUCAGGGAGAUUCUGUGCUAAGUGAUUUGCAUCCACAAGUAACACUUGAAGAAGUACAAGCCUUAAUAGACUUGGAACAUGGUCAGGCGAUGAAAGUGUUUAUAAAAAAAGCUGAUGGCGGAUAUUGGAAUAUUGUUGUACCACGUGAAGCAACAGUACAUGAAUUGAAAGUUGCACUGAAACAUCAUGUUGCAUUGUGGUUGAAUAGGAAAGGACUCAAGAAGAAAAUUAGUUGGCGUUACAUUUGGAAGACUUAUUGGCUAUGCUUUGACAAAGAGAAAUUAACCAACAACAACUGCAAACUUUUGGAAUAUGGUAUCAGAAACAAGUCAUCCCUAACUUUCUUGAAGAAACGAAGGGACAGGCAGAGAAUAAGUAAAAGGUCUAGUGUCUAAAGUUUGUUGUAAAUUAUGUAUCAACUUUUGUACUUCCAGAUGUGAAGUAAAUGGUGUGGUGAUAAUGUAUUAUGUGAUAUGUUCAUGAGUCAAAACCAUAGUUUUAACAAAAGCUGCUUUUAAUGCUUCAUGAUCAGUCCAAGCCCAGAUAUUCAGCCUGCCUCAAAAUGGCUGAUUAGUAAGCUGAAGAGCUGAUGGUCCUUCUCACUUGCACUGUGCUCAAUUCCCUUGUGUACCACCAGGUAUGCAGCCAGAGUACAUAUUCUUGACACGUUGAUCAGUGCCUUCAUCCUUUGAGAGAACUUAUUAGUCUAUUUGAGACAUGAUUUACACUUUGUCUUUAUGUUGGUCAUCAUUAUAUCUGUACUUAUGAAAUGCUCUAGUAUACGUAUGGCAUUACUCUAGUACCUUGUCUUGCAGCAUGUGUCCAUAGCUUGGCUAUGUAUAUUCACAAUUGAGUAUUCAUUUAUUAACUUGCCUUGUGGCAUGUGUCCACAGGUUGGAUGUGUAUUCUCAUUUGAGUAUUCAUUUAUUACCUUCUUUUGUGGCAUGUGUCCAACGAUGGUUGUGUGUAUUCUCCUUAGUAUUUGAAUAUUCAUUUAUUCAGUAUGGUACCCUAUUCUGCUUUACAUUCAUUACUUGAUUUUUCUCAUUUAAGCAAUGUGAGAAAAGCAGUGGCACUUUUUUUUUUUUUUUUUUUUUUUUUUUUUUUUUUUUGAGAGAGACCUGUUGCAAAGAAGUCCACGCACAAGUUGGAGAGCCAUAGAGGAAGAGAUCAAAGAGAGUAUGAAAAAAGGAAUGUUUUUGUAUGGCAUAAUGUGUUGCUUUCUAAGUAGUGAUCUUCCUCCUUCCUCAUUUAUUGACCUUAGAACCUUCUUGCGCUGCAGGAAGAGUAGAAUACAAGGAUCUGAAUGCACCCUUAGUGAGAAAGAAGUGAUUUUCCCCAAAACACCUCUCUCACUAGCAUACUACUGUGAGACUGGGAAUUGCAGUUUAACUCUGAUCACUGAGGCUGGAUGAACUACUUUUGUUGAAAUAAUAGUUUACUUGUAUGAAGGAAUAAAGUAUUUAAAAUCUUAA